CAAGGCAAGAGGCAAAGGAGGAUAAACCACAUGGCAAUGCAAGGCUAUUUUAUCUUAAGACUUUUUCUUCUUCUUCUUCUAAGCUCAGUGGGCAUUAUCAAAGCUUCUGAUACACCAAACUAUGGCACUGCUUUGCUCAACAGAAGCAGCUUCCCGGAGGGUUUCAUUUUCGGGACGGCGUCGGCAUCUUACCAGUAUGAAGGUGCUGCAUAUGAAGAUGGUAGAGGACCUAGUAUAUGGGACACUUACACUCAUAAAUAUCCAGAAAGGAUAAAAGAUGGAAGUAACGGAAGCAUAGCUGUUGAUGUUUAUCAUCAUUAUAAGGAAGAUGUAGGGAUUAUGAAGGGAAUGAAUCUUGAUGCUUAUAGGUUCUCAAUCUCGUGGUCUAGAAUAUUGCCGAAUGGAAAGCUAAGUGGGGGAGUGAACAAGAAGGGAAUCGACUAUUACAACAACCUCAUCAAUGAGCUUCUAGCCAAUGGCAUUCAACCUUUUGUGACCAUUUUCCAUUGGGACCUCCCUCAAGCCCUAGAAGAUGAGUAUGGUGGUUUCUUGAGUCCCCAUAGUGUGGAUGAUUUCCGAGAUUACGCGGAGCUUUGCUUUAAAGAGUUUGGGGACAGGGUGAAGCAUUGGAUAACAUUAAACGAGCCAUGGAGCUAUACCAUGGGUGGUUAUGUGCAGGGGAUAUUUCCUCCUGCUAGAUGUUCUGCAUGGCAAGGGCUGAAUUGCACUGGUGGGGACUCAGGGACUGAGCCCUAUUUGGUGUCACACCACCUACUUCUUGCCCAUGCAGCUGCUGUCCAUGUCUACAAGCAAAAAUAUCAGGCAUAUCAGAAGGGGAAGAUCGGAAUCACAUUGGUGGCGCCCUGGUUUGUACCAUUCUCGAAUGCGACUCACCAUCAGAACGCGGCGAAGCGGGCUCUUGAUUUCAUGUUUGGAUGGUUCAUGGAUCCAUUGACUAAUGGAGACUAUCCUCAUAGCAUGCGAUCGCUUGUUGGAAGCCGAUUGCCUAAGUUCUCUAAGGAGCAAUCCAUGAUGGUAAAAGGGUCAUAUGAUUUUCUUGGAUUGAAUUACUACACUGCUAAUUAUGCAGCCUAUGCUCCCCACUCUAGUAAUACAAAACCUAGCUACACAACGGAUCCUUAUGCUAAUCUUCUGACUCAACGGAAUGGCAUUCCUAUCGGUAUAAAGGCAGCUUCAGAUUGGCUCUAUAUUUAUCCAAGUGGAAUUCGAAAAAUUUUGUUGUACACAAAGAAGAAGUAUAAUUCUCCACUUAUUUACAUUACAGAGAAUGGAAUUGAUGAAGUGAAUAAUAGUACAUUAUCACUUAAAGAAGCCCUUGUUGACAACUUAAGGAUAUACUACUACUAUCAUCAUCUUUCUUACCUUAAGAGCGCAAUCAAGGAUGGGGUCAAUGUGAAAGGAUAUUUUGCAUGGUCAUUAUUGGACAACUUUGAAUGGAAUUCGGGUUAUACAGUUCGCUUUGGUAUAAACUUUGUUGAUUAUAAAGAUGGAUUGAAAAGAUACCCAAAACUCUCAGCAACUUGGUUCAAGAAUUUCCUCAAAAAGUAAAAGCAUAUAUGUGACCACCUUUACUAUAUAUACAUUUUCUAUUGAUGUUUUUGGAUAUAAAAUCAAUAAGCAGAAGAUCUCUUCUUCUAUGAUAUGUAUUCAUGGCAGAAUCCAAUCUUUGAGCUGCUAGAAGAAUAUGUUUAGGUGUAUUUGUGACAGUAUUAGAUUGCAUGUGUGUUGGCAAGAAUUCAGAAAAAAAUUAGUGAGAAUAAUGAAUUGACCUUGAAGUUAAAAUUUUUUCA